GUGUGUGUGUGUGUGUGUGUGUGUUCAUUCACUGGCGUCCACACACACGCGCGCGGCUCGAGCGUCUUUGUCUGUGCGCGCGCGCUGUGCGAUAAUACCAGGAUGACACGAUUCUCUUACGCUGAAUAUAUCGCAUUAUUUCGAUCAAAUGACAUUAAAAGAAACUCGCCGCCGCAGAAAAUAUCAUCAUCUGAACGCGCUGCAAACCGCGACGAGGAGCCGACAGAAGUCAUUUCUGCGGUCAGAAGAGCAGAAGCGUGUGACUCUGAUGACUGGACGGCUCUGCAUGAAGCGGCUCACCGCGGACACACACACAGCGUUCAGGUUCUGCUGAAAGAUCCCGGUGUGUGUGUGGACAAACGCACGCUACAGGAGCAGACGCCGCUGCUGCUCGCCGUUCAGGGGCCACACCUGGAGUGUGUGAGGAGUCUUCUGGAGGCAGGAGCCGACCCUGACAUCAGCAACAAGAACAAAGAGACGCCUCUUUAUAAAGCGUGUGAGCAGGAGAGCAUCAGCACGGUGAAGCUGCUGCUGGCGUUCGGCGCGGCGGUGAAUCAGCGCUGUUAUCGCGGCUGGACCGCGCUGCAUGAAGCAGCGAGACGAGACAACACUGAGCUCUGUGAGACGCUCCUGAGGGCAAGAGCCGCUGUAGACGCCCGCAACGCCGACAACGUCACACCGGCGAUAGAAGCGGCUCGGCACGGACACACAGGGACUCUGGCUCACCUGAUCCAGAACGGUGCUGGUGUGAACGUUCAGACGUGUGACGGGAACACUGCUUUAACCGAAGCCUGCAGACACGGUCACACAGAAACUGUGAAGCUUUUGCUCAAACUUCACUCAGAUGCCAACAAAGCCACCAACAGCAGACUUCUGCCGCUGCAUAUCGCCAGCCAGCACGGACACAAAGAGAUUGUUUCCUUAUUGCUCCCGGUCACCAGCCGGGUGAGGAUUCGGCAAAGCGGCAUCUCUCCCCUCCAUCUGGCAGCGGAGCACGACCGGCAGAUCAUCCUGAGUCUCCUGAUCGAGUCGGGAUUUGACGUCAACAGCAAACUCUCUCCCGAGUGCUCGGCCAGGUUCCAGGACCGGCGUGUUUCGGCUCUGUACUGCGCCGUCGCCGGCAGGAACACGCAGGCCGCUGCUAUUCUGCUGAAGGCCGGUGCGAAUCCCAACAUGGACCCCUGCAGCCCGCUGCUGUUAGCGGUGCGUCACGGCUGUCUGGAGACUGUAGCGCUGCUGCUGGAGCACGGGGCCCAUGUGAACGCUCGCCUGACCGCAGGCUUCCCAGCAGUGCUGCUGCACACUCAUCAGCUGGACGUCCUGCAGUAUCUGCUGGACAAGGGCUGUGACGCUCGGGCCUGCUUCACCUGCAGCGGAGAGGACACACACUUCAGCAGUCAGGCGGCGAACACCAGCCAAAGAAACACCAGCGGACCUGAACCGGAGCUAAAGUUCUGUGACUGGAUCUCGUCCUCCUGCUGGAGACCCUCGGCUGGGCCGCUCAUUGAUUUGCUGCUGGACUAUGUAGGAAACGUUCAGCUCUGCAGCAGGAUCAGAGACCUCCUUCUGGACGAACCGGAGUGGACGAGCAUUCAGGAGAAAACAUCGUCUCCUCGAGCCCUGAUGCAUCUCUGUGCGCUGAGGAUCCGGGAGCGGCUGGGGACGCAGAGACUGAGAUCUGUGGAGUCGCUGCCGCUGCCGGGCCCCAUGCUGCGGUACCUGAGCUCCAGAAGCAGAAGCUGCGGUCAGCAGAGGGACAGCCAUCAUCAUCAUCAUCAUCAUCAUCAUCAUCAUCAACACUGAAGGCAGAGUUCUGCUGGAUACUCAAACGGGUGCUCGCCAGAUUUUUGUGGUUUGUGUUUUGUGUAUUUAUAACUUUUAAUUUAUCAUGACAUUUUUUAAGUAUUAUGUUUGUGCUUGAUACACAGUUUUAUGUAGUUUAUCUGGAAAUACUGCGUAUGAUGGUGGUGAUGAGAAUAAAUGUGCUGCUUUGAGUGUA